GUAAAUUUUCAGAUUUUCAGAUUCUAAAUUUGCAUCAUCUUUACCAUAUUUAUUGGCAAAACUCUCAAAAAACGGAUUUUCAAGUAACAAAAAGAAAACUUACACAAACAAUUUGUCAUCUCUUUUUAAUUACCCAUUUGAACCCAGCUUAAUUAAUUACACAGUUGGCACUACUGCCGCACGUACCAGAAACGAAAUACUUCAUCCCACCUUGCCAUGAAUUGUCAAAUCAGGUAGAUUAAAAUCCUCAUUCGCUUGAAAAGUAUUUCGAGCGACUUUUUAACUUCGUCCCUUUUCAUACCGGUCAAAAAGGCGAAACUUUCCUGCAAACAAGAUACACGCGUUACUUCCGACAACGAAAAUGAACGAUAACAUGAAAAAUUCCACUCCGAUAAAAAUAGAAUACUUUAACCCUUUGGACGGUAGAAGAGUGGUCUCGCAUUCCUAUCGCCCUUUCGCCCAAUCUCCCAUCAUCAAUUACAAUUGCACCGCCACUGAUAUCCCAGAAAUCUCCAUUAAAACCGAGCAGCAAAUUAAGCAGGAAUCCAGAGAUGAGGUCGUUCUGGUGAACGGAUGUUGGGAUACGACGGCCAGCAUUCCGAACAUUGUAGCCGAAAUGCACGUGAACGCUAAGGACAUCGGCGGCGUCCACAGCAUCAUCAUGAAGGGCGAGGAUCCGAUGGCGACGGACUCGCCGCGGGACGGCGCCGUGCCGAGCCCGCGCGGCUCCGACAGCGGCAUCGAGUCGGACUGCACCGAAGGGAACCUGUCGUGGCUUCUGAACUACAAAAUCCAGGAACUGCCGCCCGUUCCAGAUGCCACGAUUCUGGAUCAUGACCAUCGAAACGUUCAUCGUAAUAAUCAAGAAAAUUUGAAACACCUUGCGACUUUUCAACAACCCACCGUAGUUCACGUGCCAUCGAUUGCAACGAAAAUUUCGGAAACGAAUCAAGAUUAUUUAUACAAAUAUUCCGAUCUCAAAAAACCGCCCUUCACCUAUACGGAGUUAAUAGAGUACGCUUUGAGCGAAAGAGGCGAACUCACCGUUUCCGGCAUCUACCAAUGGAUCUCAGAACAUUUUCCAUUUUACAAACAAAACGACGACAGAUGGAAGAAUUCAGUUAGACAUAAUUUAUCGAUAAAUCCGCACUUUAGGAAAGGGGGCAAGGCAGUCCAAGGGGCCGGUCAUUUGUGGACCAUAGCUCAGAAAAAUCACAAGCGAUGUUCUCAGAUUAAACAAAGGAUAAGACAGUUUUUCCAAAAUUCGAAUACCAACGUUGUCAAACCUCUAGAUAAUAUCGAAAAGGAAUUGCAAGCUGCUACUGAAAGUAUUUUAGAGGAGAUUCAUGGUCAGCAUUAUAUCAAUCUUGGGGAACAAAAUAACGGAUUAGAAGAUUUUUUAGCACCGCCGGUAUCGAAGCAAGACAUUGUAAACGAGUGCGGUUUGGGAAACGACAUAUUCGUCACGGACAUCAAUCCGAACACGUUGGGCUUGAAUUUGGUAGAAUCGGAGGGCAUGGCCGAGACCUACGAAGUCUUUGAAUAUUAUACGGCGAAACAAUAAAUUGGUAGAGGAAUAUCGCGUGGAAAUUUGCAAGGGAUGGAUCAAGUCUUUUGUACCUAACAUGAAUUGGUUUGUUUUUAUAUACUACGUAGUUAAUUUUAUAUAUUAGAGUAAUCUGUGCGUGUGUUAUUUUAAGGUACGUUUAAUAUUUUAAAUUGUCCAGUUAAAAGGUAAAAAUCGACAGUUUUUAGCCCGUUUAAGAUAAAUGAAACAGCGUACAUACAUUCCAAUGUAUUCUUGCCUUUUCAAGCCUUAAUUGACGAUAUUUGAAAUGGUCGAUAUUUUUAUACAUAAUUUCGCGAAUACCUACCUAAUAACGUUUAGUAUAAAUUUUAUUUUUAGAAUACAAUAAUUAUAAUAAUCAGCUUUGAGUAAUUGAAUAAAAUCUAUCUGAAAAUUCGUAUAGUGCCUAGUAAACAAUACACAAUUAUGAAACUAGUAAAUAAAACAAAGAUAAAUAAGAUUGAAUUUUUAUAAUUUUCAAU